GGCCCGGCGGGCGGAAGCGGUGGGAGGACGCAGCAGCGGCGACCCCGGUCCGGAGGCCCCGUCACCCGCACAGGCCGGAGAGCUGCCCUGGAUUCAUUCCUGAUGGAACUAGAGCAAAACAUCCCAUCUUGACUGAAAAAUGGCCAGUGAUGGAGAACCAACCAUGGCCGUGGGCGGAGGUGGCCCCAUGCAGCAGGAGGGGGAGAAGGGCCGGGCCCGGCCCAGGAAGCCUGACAUGGCCCUGUACGUGCCCAAAGCACGCCGGGAGAUGGCAGCCCCAGGAGUGGGGAGCCGGAGGGAGGAGGAAAACCGCCGCGUGCUGCAGAAGGAAGGCGCCAAAGGCCACGGCGAGAGGCAGAGCCCCAGCGCUGGAGCCCGCAAGCACGUGGCCAGAGAGGGGAGGAGGUCAGAGGGGAAAACAAGGAGGCGCGUACCCCUGGGGGACAGCAAACAGGGCAGUGCUCCAGGGCGGCCCGAAGGAGCCUCUGCCGAGGGCUGGGAUCAGCGUCGCACACUCCACCAAACCCAUCUGGCCCCAGAGGAGCAGCCGUGUGGGCGGCUGGAAACAAACCUCCACAGUGAACAGCUCAGCCCUCAGGAGCCCUGCCUGGGUCAGGCUCCUGCUCGGCCAGGGGGUAGUGAGGAGCAGGUGCCCAGCAAGCCAGGGCUCAGGGAGCUAAGCCGCAGGUGCUGGGAUUCAAGGACAGGUACUGGAACUUGUUCCCAUCUGUCGGUGGAAACAUCUAGUCCCCUGCUUGUGCUACCACGUGGAGGGGAAGAGCACGCACAGGAGCAGAGGCCUGGGGGCCCACGGGCCCGGCGAGGCACUUCCUCUCAACCUAGGAAUGAGAGCAGUGAUGAAACAUCAGAGCAGGCAGGGGGGAGACCAGGUAGCACAUCUGAAUGUGUAGACAAGAGCAUUCCAGCUCCGAGCGGGGAGAGCACAGGCAGCGUGUGCGAGCUCAGAGGGGAGGGUGCCACAGAUCCGAGCGGGGAGAGCACAGGAUCCGCGUGUGAGCUCAGAGGGGAGGGUGCCGCAGAUCCGAGCAGGGAGAGCGCAGGAAGCGCGUGUGAGCUCAGAGGGGAGGGUGCCACAGAUCCGGGCAGGGAGAGCACAGGAUCCGCGUGUGAGCUCAGAGGGGAGGGUGCCGCAGAUCCGAGCGGGGAGAGCGCAGGAAGCGCGUGCGAGCUCAGAGGGGAGGGUGCUGUAGAUGAGAGCGGGGAGAGCGCAGGAAGCGCGUGUGAGCUCAGAGGGGAGGGCGCCACAGAUCCGAGCGGGGAGAGCACAGGAAGCGCGUGUGAGCUCAGAGGGGAGGGUGCCGCAGAUCCGAGCGGGGAGAGCACAGGAUCCGCGUGCGAGCUCAGAGGGGAGGGCGCCGCAGAUCAGAGUGGGGAGAGCGCAGGAAGCGCGUGUGAGCUCAGAGGGGAGGGCACUGUAGAUCCGAGCAGGGAGAGCGCAGGAAGCGCGUGUGAGCUCAGAGGGGAGGGCGCUGUAGAUGAGAGCGGGGAGAGCGCAGGAAGCGCGUGUGAGCUCAGAGGGGAGGGUGCCGCAGAUCCGAGCAGGGAGAGCGCAGGAAGCGCGUGCGAGCUCAGAGGGGAGGGUGCUGUAGAUGAGAGCGGGGAGAGCGCAGGAAGCGCGUGCGAGCUCAGAGGGGAGGGUGCCGCAGAUGAGAACGCAGGAAGCGCAUGCGUGCUUACAGGGGAGGGUACUGCAGAUGAGAGCGGGGCGAGCGCAGGCAGCGCGUGCAAGCUUACAGGGGAGGGUGCCACAGAUCCGAGCGGGGAGAGCGCAGGAAGUGUGUGCGACCUCAGAGAGGGGGGUGCCGCAGAUGAGAGCGGGGCGAGUGCAGGCAGCGCGUGCGAGCUCAGAGGGGAGGGUGCCGCAGAUGAGAAUGCAGGGAGAGCGUACAAGCUUACAGGGGUAGGUGCCGCAGAUGAGAGCGGGGCGAGCGCAGGCAGCCCGUGCAAGCUUACAGGGGAGGGUGCCACAGAUCCCAGUGGGGAGAGCGUAGGGAGCGCGUGCAAGCUUGUGGGGGAGGGUGCCGCAGAUCCGAGUGGGGAGAGCGCAGGGAGCGCGUGCAAGCUUGCGGGGGAGGGUGCCGCAGAUCCGAGUGGGGAGAGCGCAGGGAGCACAUGCAAGCUUGCGGGGGAGGGUGCCGCAGAUCCGAGUGGGGAGAGCGCAGGGAGCGCGUGCAAGCUUGCGGGGGAGGGUGCCGCAGAUCCGAGUGGGGGGAGCGCGUGCAAGCUUAUGGGGGCGGGUGCCGCAGAUCCGCCGUGCAGGAGGGCGGGGAGCGCUGCUGCCGCUUCAGCGGGAGGCCUGCGUGAGCAUGCCGGCGCAAGAGUGCGCAGCACAUCCCAUAGGACAGACUCUGGUAGCGGGGCCCUGCCGGAGCGUGUGGCCGAGGCCAGAGGCAGCGCAGCGCAGCGUGGGACGGAGAUGCCCUGCAGCUCGGGUGCCCCCUGUGCACGUGGAGGUUCUGGGAGCACUGAGCACAGCCGGUCUCUGGAGAUCCCAGGCAGCCGCUCGGCCGGGAGCUUGGCUGAGGAGGUGGACUGUCCAGGUGGGGUGGCGAGGCCAUCGCAUGGCUUGCGAGCGGAUGGAGGGCCGGGCACGGAGGACGGUGGUGUGAGCGAAGGCGGCACGUCGGAAGCGCCUGAGCAGCCGAGUGCCGGAGCUCCGAGCGACAGCAGUGCUGCGGCAGAGGGGAGCUGGGACUCGCUUUUUAACGCCGAUGGAGACUGCCUGGACCAACGUCUGCUGCAAGAGCUGUCGGGCGGCGAGAAGCCCAGGAGCAGGCUGCAGGAGCCCCGCUUCGACUACUCCGGCUGGCAGCCCACUGAGCUGGACCUCAGCGACUCGGAGCUGCCCCACGUCAUCGAGAUCUACGACUUCCCGCAGGACUUCGGCACCGCCGACCUGCUGCGCGUCUUCUGCAGCUACCAGAAGAAAGGCUUUGACAUCAAAUGGGUGGACGACACGCACGCACUGGGCGUCUUCUCCAGCCCCGUCGCAGCGCGCGACGCCCUGAGCAGCAGGCACGUGAUGGUGAAGACCCGGCCCCUGGCGCAGGGCACGAGAGCGGCCAAGGCCAAAGCCAGGGCUUGUGCUGACCUCCUGCAGCCGGCGAAAGAGCGUCCGGAGACGUCUGCGGCCCUGGCCCGGAGGCUGGUGAUCGGAGCCCUCGGAGUGCGGAGCAACCAGAGCCGCGCCGAGCGCGAGGCCGAGCGCAAGAAGCUGCAGGAGGCCCGAGAGAGAAAGCGCCUGGAGAACAAGCAGCGGGAGGACGUCUGGGAAGGCAGGGACUGAGCCAGGGCUGCAGCGGAGGAGACCGGAGCACCCAGGGCUGCUGGCAGGCGCUUGGCGGGGGGCACUGUGGUGCCGGGGGCUUCAGACACCAGCACAGCCCAGUGCCAGCUGCACCCACACAGGCUGGCCGGGCUGUGUCGGUGGGGGGAAGGGGAGAGGCCCGUCUGGAGCCUGGCAGGGGGAGAGGGGUCUGGCUGACAAACACAACAGCUGUUUGUAUUGGGACUCUUAGUGGGUGGGGGCUUGCGGGACCUGCUGCUGGUGCGUGCGCCCCUGGGGGGAGCUGGCGGGCCCUGCUGCCGAUGUGUGUGCGCCCCUGGGGUGGGGGCUUGCGGGCCCUGCCACCGGUGUGUGGCCCUGGGGGAGGCCUGGCGGGCCCUGCCACUGCUGUGUGUGUGCGCCCCUGGGGUGGGGGCUGGCGGGCCCUGCCGCCGGUGUGUGUGUGUGCCCCUGGGGUGGGGGGCUGGCG